AUGGCAUUCAAGUUCCAGUUUGUAUUCGCACUCGCCUUCGUCGCUGUUGCCAGCGCUGGCUAUGUACCAGUUGCCCCAGCAUACCACGCCGCACCAGCCGUCGCUGUGCAUUCAGCACCGGUGGCUGUAGCUCAUUCAGAGGAAUACGAUCAUCAUCCUCAAUACAAAUACUCUUAUGGCGUUGAGGACAAACUGACCGGUGAUGCCAAGAGCCAAGUGGAGGAGCGUGAUGGUGAUGUGGUCCGUGGUGAAUACUCCCUCAUCGACGCUGAUGGUUACAAACGCACUGUUCAAUACACUUCGGAUGACGUGAAUGGUUUCAACGCCGUCGUCAGCCGUGAACCUUUGGUUAAGUCCGUUGCUGUAGCUCCAGUUGUAAAGACAGUUGCUCCAGUUGCCCACUAUGCUGCUCCUGUUGCUCAUUAUGCCGCUCCUUCCGCUCACUACUCAGCUCCUGCUGUGGUCAAGACCGUUGCCCCGGUUGCUCACUACGCCGCGCCAGUCGCCCACUACUCAGCCCCUGCUGUGGUUAAGACCGUUGCCCCAGUUGCUCAUUAUGCUCCUGCUCCAGUGGCUCACUACUCCGCUCCUGCGGCUCAUUACUCUGCACCAGCUGCUCAUUAUGCUGCACCGCUCCAUCACUACAGUAAUCAAGUGGAUGAAUACGAUCCUCAUCCUCAAUACAAAUUCUCUUAUGGCGUUGAUGACAAAGUGACAGGUGACUCCAAGAGUCAAUACGAAGAGCGCGAUGGCGAUGUGGUGCACGGCCACUACUCCUUGAUAGAUGCUGAUGGCUUCAAGCGCACAGUCCAUUAUACCUCUGAUCCACAUAACGGUUUCAAUGCGGUCGUAAACCGCGAACCAUUGGUGAAGGUAGCCCAAGUUGCUCCAGUGGCGCACUAUGCUCAUGAGCCCGCAGUUGUUCACAAUGCUCCUGAUUAUCAUUAUCGUCAUUACUGA